AUGCCACCUAAACAGAAAGUGAAAGAUUCCAGGUCUUCCAAAUCGAGUUACACGUUUCCACAAACAUUCAAAAACUUACCAGCGGACCUCACAAAGAGUUUCUAUAUACCGAGACCAGAAUCAAUAGUUUCAGAUCAAAUCAUUAUCAUCAACAAUUUCUUCACCAAAGAACUUUGUAAUGAAUUAAUAAAAUCAUUCGAACGAGAAUUAACCCUUGAGACGACUCCACUCAUCAAAAGCAAAGAAUACGCAUUAAGAUACAAUGACCGAUGUUCCAUACCUGAUGACCUAGCAUCAAGUGAUAUACUAUGGCAAUAUCUUUCAAAGAUUUUAUUACAAGAAAAGCAAUACGAUGAGGAUGAAGAGAUGCAAGAGAUUCAUGAUAUUUUUGGCAAUGCAUGUGGAUUGAAUCCCCAACUACGUGUUUAUAGAUAUAGAAAAGGACAUCAUUUUGAUAAACAUUAUGAUGAAUCGGUAGUUUGUCCCAUUCCUCCAAAAGGUGAUAAGAAGGGCAAGACUAAAUGGACAUUGUUGAUUUAUUUAACUGGGGACGAGGAGUUUAAAGGAGGGGGAACUAUCUUCUAUCCUGAAUUGAGAGGAGUAGAACCAAUGAAUAUUCAUCCUUGUAAGGGAAUGGCGUUAUUGCAUAAGCAUGGAGAUGAUUGUUUGAAACAUGAAGCGGAAAUAGUCAAAGAUGGAGAGAAAUGGGUAUUGCGAAGUGAUGUUGUAUAUCCUAUAUAA